GGUGGGAGAGGUUAGACCAUGGUCACGUAGGCUGAGCUGCAGAUUAACGGCAUGACAACACAACCCUGGUAGCCCGAGAUUGAUGGUCCAAGGAAAAAGGCAGUACACUGCAAAGCCCAUCAUUCAGCCUGGGGUCUUGGAUCAUCAGCGAAAGAACCCGGCGGAAGAUGAGACUCCCUCCAGAUGACGCAGCAUGUGGGAUCCGGACAGACGCCUUGUGUUUCGGUUCCGGUGGGAUGAUGGGCGAUGGGCGAUGGGCGAUGGAUGGAGUACCGGAAUACCUCGAAAUUGCCCCAAGCCAUUGUAGAUGUAUCAUAUCAGGGCUGUCAACCCAGCUCAAUGGAUGCACGAGAGCCCUACAGAGUAUCACCUGCAUAUCCAUCACCCCAACAGUAUCAGAUCUCUAGGAAGGUUGAAAACCAUGAAGCGUCGCGCCCAACCAACAAUCCCCGCAUCGCAGUUCCGGCGCAAGAACGGACAACAAUCCUCCUGCGAGAAUUGUCGUCGAUCCAAAUUAGCAUGCGAUCAUGCUAUCCCACAUUGCGGUCGGUGUGUGCGACUGAAGCGAACGGAGACCUGUAUCUAUGUCCUAUCGCCUCUCGCCAGAUCAUCAGCCUCCGCCUCCGCCUCCGCCUCCGCCUCCGCCCCCCCAAGAACCCAGCGGCGAUCAAACGACCAACAACUCCCAAAUCCCGACCCACCACUCGCAAAUGCAACUUACCAGAAACCCCCUGCGUAGAGACUGCAAUUGUCUCCCCAGACUGGCCACAGGAGGUAUUAAGUCUCGAGGGCCCGUUCAGCAGCAGCUGGCUCGAAGACCCCAUCAGCAAACCGACCAGCACCAGCUGGGGGUCCAUCUUCAGUGAAUUCAACAUCGACGUCGAGCCUGAAUUCACAAUUCUUGGUCCCACAGCCCCCGGGUUGGCUCCGACAUGGAAAGAUCCUGACCUACUGCAACAUGCCACCACCGUCCUGACCCAGAUUCCACCGCGAGCAAUGUGCGAGGGAGCUCUCGAACAUGCGCUGAAAUAUCCAGACUUCGGGUGCCACGAGCCCUACCUGCGCAUGUUGCACGAUGGCUGGUGGGAGACCUUCGAAGGGUAUCUGGAGGCGCCAGAUCCAGGGCUUUGGAACAGUCUAGAACCGGUGAUCGAGCAGCUCUCGGCCAGUACCGUCAAUCGGGCGACGACGACGACGACGCAACCUCCGUAUUUCGACCCUGCAGAAUGGUUGCAAAUGUGGACAGGGUUCAAUACAACAUGGGAUUCGUUGGCGUACCUACUCUCCGCGUAUGGCUCGGCAUGUGCCAGUCUGCCCUCGUCGCAUCCUCUCUUGGCCGGCGAGGAGAAAAGCCGCGUCUGUCGAGCCCUGGGCAAGGUUAUAAAAGCGUGUCUUGCCAUUUGCGAAUCGCAGGAAGUCUUCAGCGUUGACCUGAUUAACGCCCACGCGAGCAUGGUAUUACUGCAGAACUCUUAUGAUGGUGAUGACUCGAAGCAGAACUACACGAAUGUCGGCCAUCUUGCGCGUCUCGUCACCGACAUGGGCCUCCACCUUGGAUCAUCAUUCCCCGGCGGGUGUUUUAUCCAGGAGCAACUGGAGCACAAAGCCUUCCACCGAGCCUUUACAAUGGAUAAAUCCAUCUCCACCUCCUGCGGACGGCCCCCUCAACUGACUCGCCGAUUCAACCAAUGUCCACUCCCUCUGGAGCUGAGUGACGAGCAACUGCUACUACCGGGAGAUGAACUCGAGGUCGUUCUCGGCCUACUGGACCCAGAGGGCUGGAGUACCGGCGAAUGCUCCUACCCAGUAAGUUAUUUACGGGCCCUCUCCCUCCUGGGACGCCAUCGGGAAGAGAUCCUAGAGCUCGCCAUGGGGCCUAGUUCCGGGGCAUUGGAGUAUCUGCAAAGGUACGUACUCACUCACCUUUCGAGUCUCGGGGGGUACAUUUGGAACAGAGGGUUAGCUGACCCAAAUAGGGACAUCGUGAACCGCCUACAAGCCACCUACACAAGUCUUCCCUUACGAUUACAGUACGACGCCAACCACCAUACGCACCUCGCCCCAUUUGACCUUCUCAACACCGUAUUCCUGCACCUAGAAUACCACAAAAACAUCUUCCUCCUAUACCGACUGUCACGGACCGUUCCACUGAGCCAAAACAGACCCCUAUUAUCCUCAGCCAAAGCCAUCAUCAACGCCGUGACCAUGCUAUACACCUAUCGGGAUCGCCUAGGGGAGAUGUUUCUAUUCUUUCCAUGGGCCGUGAUGUUCUACGGCACGCCCGCAGCAGCCAUUCUCGCCAUCGAACUCUUAAUCCGACCUCCGCCCUGGGCCUCCACCGGGCCCAACUUUCACCCCCGCUCGGAAAUCAUCCAGGAACUCAGCGUGUUUAUCAGCUGUCUGAUGAGCAUCCCCACCGCGGAAGGUAACCAUGCCCCUUGUCGUCGCGUGGCUUCUACGCUCCGGAAGAUCCUGGAUCAGGUUCUCGAACCCGUCAUGUCGACUACCAGCAGCGGCAGCAACUGCUGUAGCAGCAGCAGCAGCACCACCACGCCAGGGACGGAUGUGGAUUCGGCGAUUGGGCUGGAUAUCGACUGGCAGGUGUUUGUCACGGGUCCUUGUGACCCGGAUUAUACUCAGUGGUUAGACGUCAGGACCUGGAUGGAUAUGGAUAUGGAUAUGGAUCUGUCCAUUCCUUUGGACUUGGAUCAUCAUGGAUUGGACGCGAUUGCCAGCGAGGCUUGUUUCGAUGAUCUUAUUUAUACAUAACCGGGACAGAAGUCGGGAAGGGUGGCCCGACAUUUAUGUGUGUAAUGAAUGUCAAGAUGAUUGGAUUAGAUAGAAUACCC